AUGCUGACCGUGGACCAAGACCGCGUCGCCAAUCGCCGCGAGCAACUACGAAAAGCACAAAAGACAUUCAAAGAACGGCGCGACCAGUAUCUGCAAACGCUGGAGCAGCAGGUCCGACGUCUCCAGCUCACCGAGUCGCAGCUGCAGAGCAGGGUCGAUCAACUCCAACAGGAGCUUUUGCUGGUCAACGAAGAGCUCCGGUCCAGGUCCGACCAGAGCAAAAGAAAACGCCGCGGUCAAUAUGAGAAUGCGUGGGGUUAUGUCCCUGCGGGAAUCAUGUCUCUUGACCAGGGCCAGGAGUCCAACAGGCUUCAUGUAUCUGUCGACCCGGACCCGAACCCAAUCCCACUCUACGGAAAAGGAAUCGAAAUCGAAAACGGAAACAGAAACAGAAACGCGACCAGCACUCUCGUCUGGGUCGAGGCUCAGAAUGACAAGCCGUAUCAAUUACACGUUCAGCUGACGCCGCCUACCUCUACCUCCAGCGACUCCGCGUGGCCGCUCACUCCGGUGACCGACACGAGCCUCAGGCCAUCACCGCAAGACCCAUACGCGUCGCAUCAGAAGGAGCCCCAGCAGGAAUGGUCGGGUGGAGAUGCGCGUGCUUUGGGGUCGCUGGACAGGUCGUUCUUGGUGGAAAGCAGUCAAGCUUUGGUGGCACAGCUCGACGGUGUGGUCGUAGCGAUGGAGCUCGAGAGGCCUUGUCUACCUCACAUAUGUCAGCCCGGAGACGAUCAGACCGCACCGCACGGUCAUGUCCACACGGCAACAGCCGCCUUGCUCUGCAAUGCUCCAUCCGCCAACCUUUCCUCUUGCGCCUCAUGGAGCGCUCCGACGGCGGUUCUGUCGCGAUUGUUGGCCAUGUCGACCGAUUUACCCAUCGAAGGCUCCGAGUUGACCCCAAUCCAAGUGUGGCACCUGAUCAAGGCGACUCCGAACUUCGACACAAUCAGGAUCGACCAUUUGACCUUCAUCUCUGACAAGCUGCUCAGCCACAUCAGGUGUUACGGGUAA